AUGGCUGCCACCUCGGGAUUGUCGACCGCAGUUUCCGUUCCCGCCAAGCUCAGCCACGUGGCAUCCUCCAGCAACGGCAUCUCCGGUGCCGCGACCUCUGUCGCUUUCCCCUCCGCGAAGCGAGCGGUGCGUGCGGGAUCGAGCGUGGCGGAGGGGCGCGGGAAGUGCCGAUGCUCGACGGCGGAGAUUCUCCACGACGGCGCGCGGGAUCCGCUGCUGCUGCGCGUGGCGCGCGGAGAAGACGCGGAGAGGACGCCCGUGUGGCUCAUGCGCCAGGCGGGGCGCUACAUGAAAGACUUCCGCAAGUACGUGCUUCCGCCCCCCGCCCCCCUCUCCGCACGCUUCCUUUCCGAACCCUGUAGCGCUGUCACAACGAAAGAACUAUCCUCCCUCAACAAUUCAAACCUUCCUCCCCCCUCCCCGCCUCCUCUUCCCCCAUCUCUGUGUCGUUUCCCCCGUGUCCCACGCCUGAGGUUCUCGGACAAGUAUCCGUUCCGCAUGCGGUCGGAGACGGCGGAGAUUGCGAUCGAGCUGACGCUGCAGCCGUGGAAGGCGUUCGGCACGGACGGCGUGAUCAUGUUCUCUGAUAUCCUCACCAUCCUGCCCGCGCUCGGGGUGGAAUUCGACAUGGUCAAGGGCAAGGGGCCUGUCAUUGCAGACCCGCUGCGCACCGCGGCGGACCUGCGCGACCUCAAGCCCCUGGAGGACCCGGAUGCCAAGCUGCCGUUCAUCCGCGAGAUCCUCACUUCGCUGCGGCGCGAGCUGGCGGGCAGCGAGGCGACGCUGCUGGGGUUUGUGGGCACGCCGUGGACGCUGGCAGCAUACGCCAUCGAGGGGCAGGGCAGCAAGAACCUGCUCGCCACCAAACGCAUGAUGCUGCAUGAGCCGGAGCUGCUGCAUGGCAUCCUGGCGGCCUUGGAGGACGCUCUAGUCGUCUAUGUGAGCCACCAGAUCAGCUGUGGGGCGCACAUCGUGCAGCUCUUUGACUCGUGGGCACACCACCUCACACCCGCCCAGUUCGCCGAGUUCAGCCUGCCGUACGCCGAGCGCAUCGUGCAGCGCGUGAAGCAGCUGCACCCGCACACGCCGCUCAUCUUCCAUGGGAAUGGCGGCACCGGCAAGCUGCACCUGGUGCAGCAGGGGAGCAGUGCUGACGUGGUGGGGCUCGACUGGGGCACUGAUAUGGCUGAGGCUAGGCGUGUGUUUGGCAGUGAUACCGUGCUGCAGGGGAAUGUGGACCCGAUGGUUCUGUUUGGUCCAGAGGCGUCCAUCAGAGCAGCUGUGGCUGAUUGCUUGAGCAAGGCAGGAGGCAGGAAGCACAUCCUCAAUGUGGGGCAUGGAGUGGUGCAGGGGACUCCUGAAGAAUCUGUGGCACUGUUUUGCAAGCUUGCCCAGGAGAGUGGACGGUCAGCUCAAGGUGUAGAGGCAGCUGCUGCUGUGCAUUCAACUGCUUGA